AUGCGCUUUAUCACCUCCCUUACCGCGAGCGCCUUCGUGGCCCUCGCGACUGCUCAAACCUUCACGGACUGCGACCCCACCAAGAAGACCUGCCCCAACAACCCCGCCAUGCCCGCCGACUUCAGCACCGAUUUCAAAGCCGGCGCGUCCGGCGUGAAGGGCUGGAAGCAGACCGCCGGAACGCUCAACUACGGCGCUUCCGGAGCCGAAUUCACCGUGGCCAAGAAGGGCGAUGCGCCCACCAUCCAGUCCGAGGGCUACCUCCACUUCGGCUACAUCGAGGUCAAGAUGAAGGCCGCGCCAGGCCAGGGCAUCAUUUCCUCCAUUGUCCUGCAGUCCGACGAUCUUGACGAGGUGGACUGGGAGUUCAUAGGCGGCGUGAGCAGCAAAGUCCAGAUGAACUACUUCGGCAAGGGCAACACUACCACCUACGACCGCAUGGUCGAAGCCGACGUCUCCAACGUGCAGGAAAUGCACACGUAUGCGCUGAACUGGACCGCCGACGCCCUGACCUGGAUCAUCGACAACGCCCCAGUCCGCACCCUGAAGUUCGCCGACGCAAACGGCGGGAACAACUACCCCCAAACUCCUUCCAAUGUGCGUAUUGGCAUCUGGGCGGGCGGUGACUCCGAGAACGAGGGCACGCGGAGCUGGGCUGGUGGACCUGUCGAUUACUCCAAGGCCCCUUUCACGCAGACCGUCGAGAGCGUCAAGAUUAUCAACUACACACCGGCCAAGGAGUACCAGUGGACCGAUCAAUCUGGCAGCUACAAGUCCAUCAAGGCGAUUGGCGCUGGAGAUACCGAGGGCGCGCCGCAGAACAGCGCCGUCAUCCAGCCUUCUGCUACGGGCGAGGAUGCUGGUCUUGGCACCGGUGUCAAUGCGCCGACAGCUACGGGUGUGGCUGGUACACCUGCGGAGAGCACGCCCUGCUCCGACGGCGAGCAGAUGCCAUCCUCCACUCCAGUUCCUGUCCCCAGCGGCGGCCCGUACACCAACGGCACGACGCCUCCAGGCGAGACCCCCUGCGACUGUGGCACCCUGACCGUCACUGUGACUGGUACACCUCCCGCUACUCCUGAAGUCCCCCCUGCGAGCUCCGCUCCCGCCCCUCCACCGGUCGAGAGCUCCGCGUCCCCUCCCGGCAUUGUGACCGACACCCGCCCGGCGCCGUCUGUCCCGGUGCCGAGCGCGCCGACGGGUGCCCUGCCGACUCCCUCAGGCAACGCAACCACGACCGCCCCGCCGCUAUUCCCCGGCGCGGCGAGCAGCCACAAGGCUGGUGCGCUUGUCGGCUUAGUGGGCGCGGCUAUGGUGCUGCUUGUCUAA